AUAAGUAGCUGCGAAUUAUCGGUGUCACAACGCUGUUUCCGUUACUCGCUGCUUCGAUGACAAACAUAACCAACUUCAAGGAAGAAGCCAGAGAAAGCGGCUGCCUGAUUGCGUAAAGAAAGGAAAGCAAUAGAAUCUUGUUCUUGAUCAGCGUAUGGUAGAGUGUGUGCAUGUGUGAGUGAGUGAGAGAGGAACAGAGUGAACGUGUCGGAGACAAAGACCCGGAAUAUGGAUGGAAGUAAGUAAGUUUACCGAGCCUCCUUGACAGUUUUUAUUGCUUCUUUUUUGACUCGCUGGUCAUCAUGUUGCCAGCUAAAUGUUUACGACUGGUACCGCUACAACGACGAAAUCUCAUCCCAACGUUAUUGUUCUGUGCAAUAAGUGGAAGUGUUCUGUAUUUGAACUCUUACUUAACUUUCUCUACUUUGUUCGGUGGCGACAAAAUCUACAGAAGUGGUCGCUGGUGGGUGGACAAGCUUCCGUCGUCUUUAUUAUCGUUCAAAAAUCACUCUUCCUUGAUUCAUACUGAACAACCACGCGUACGUCACUUCCCGCACUGUCUUGUGAUUGGUGCUUCGAAGGCGGGCACCAGAGCAGUGCUAGAGUUCAUUAAUAUGCAUCCACAUGUGGUAAGACCAAUAAAUGAAGUUCAUUUCUUUGAUAAAAGUCACAAUUACAAAAAAGGAUACAGAUGGUAUUUGCACCAAAUGCCAGAAUCGCUUCCCCACCAAAUUACAGUCGAAAAGACAGCCAUGUACUACGCAGUGUCGGAUGUACCUUUCAGGGUGCAUCAGAUGAACAGCUCUAUAAGACUUAUACUUGUCGUUAGGGAACCAUUUAGUCGAGCUUUAUCAGAUUACCUCCACAUGCGGGUUUCCUAUAACAAUCGUGGUUUGAAAUACGAGAGCUUUGAAAAUAUGGCUGUUGAUGAAAAGACAGGCAAUUUAGACCUGGACUUUUAUGCUAUCCAGCGUUCCCAAUAUCAUCAUCAUUUAUGGCGCUGGAUGGAGUAUUUUCCACUAUCACAAAUACACAUUACAGAUGGCGACAUACUAAGAACAGAACCUUGGACUGAAAUGCAAAAAAUUCAGACCUUCCUUGGACUCCAGGAGUUUUACAAUAGCAGCCUUUUCUUCUUUGAUAAAUCCAGGAAGUUUUAUUGUAUUAAAAAGGAAACAAUUGCAUGCUUACAAAAAUCCAAAGGAAGAAAGCAUCCUACAGUUGAUAAGACUGUAGCAGAAAAGCUUCGUGCUUAUUUCAGAAAGGAAAAUGAAAAGUUUUUCAAUUUAACUGGACGAAGAUUUCCAUGGUAAACUGUGCAAAUGCUUUGUAAAACAGAGCAGAUGCGAUAAAACUUAGUAAGGUAUCUAUCUACCUUAUAUAAUAUAUGAAAUUUGCUUACGUUUAAAGGUAGCCCGGUGAUUUUUUUCUCCACUGUACUGAUGAAGCAGUAAUUCAUGAAAUAAUUUUUGGAGUGAUGGAAAAGAAUCUCAAAACCAAAUCAAGAUUUUCCAGAAAUUCAAGCAUACAUUCUCUUUCUGUUAAACUAAUCUUUCAGAUGACUGAAUUAGAGAGAAUUACAAUUAUCUAAACUGUUGCACCAGAUUAU